GCCGGUGGCUCCAGACUGCGCCAAGGGGCAGGUGCUGUUGGGCCCGGAGGCGCUAAGAAGCUAAAGGGGGCUGGGACAGGCGUUCCGAAAUGGCUGCUGUCAGACUAGAGAGGCUUCUGCCGGUCCUUCUCUCCUUCCUCCGUCUCACUUUCUCCACUUCCGCAUUGGUGCCGCCUCGCCCCGACUUCCCAGUAUGCCCCGCGCAGUCUCCCGGGCGACGGUGCCAAACAGCGGUAGCUCGCGGUGUCUGACGCUCGGUGGGUGCGGUUGCCCCUAGCUUGAGGCCUGCCGGAUGACCGGCAAGGCUUGGGCUGGCCCCGGGCGCCGCCGCUCCUCUGACCACAACAGGGAAAGAGCAAUGCUGAAAUUCCAAGAGGCAGCUAAGUGUGUGAGUGGAUCAACAGCCAUUUCCACUUAUCCAAACACCUUGAUUGCGAGAAGAUAUGUGCUUCAACAGAAACUUGGCAGUGGAAGUUUUGGAACUGUCUAUCUGGUUUCAGACAAGAAAGCCAAAGAAGGAGAGGAACUAAAGGUACUGAAGGAAGUCUCUGUUGGAGAACUAAAUCCAAAUGAAACUGUGCAGGCCAAUUUGGAAGCCCGGCUCCUCUCCAAGCUGGAUCACCCAGCCAUUGUCAAGUUCCAUGCAAGUUUUGUGGAGCAAGAUAAUUUCUGCAUUAUCACGGAGUACUGUGAGGGCCGAGAUCUAGACUAUAAAAUUCAGGAAUAUAAAGAAGCUGGAAAACUGUUUCCAGAAAAUCAAAUAAUAGAAUGGUUUAUCCAGCUGCUGCUGGGAGUUGACUACAUGCAUGAGAGGAGGAUACUUCAUCGAGACUUAAAAUCAAAGAAUGUAUUUCUGAAAAAUAAUCUACUUAAAAUUGGAGAUUUUGGAGUUUCUCGACUCCUAAUGGGAUCCUGUGACCUGGCCACAACUUUAACUGGAACUCCCCAUUAUAUGAGUCCUGAGGCUCUGAAACACCAAGGCUAUGACACAAAGUCAGACAUCUGGUCACUGGCAUGCAUUUUAUAUGAGAUGUGCUGCAUGAAUCAUGCAUUUGCUGGCUCCAAUUUCUUAUCCAUUGUUUUAAAAAUCGUUGAAGGUGACACACCUUCUCUCCCUGAGAGAUAUCCAAAAGAACUAAAUGCCAUCAUGGAAAGCAUGUUAAACAAGAAUCCUUCAUUAAGACCAUCUGCAAUCGAAAUUUUAAAAAUCCCUUACAUCGAUGAGCAGCUACAGCACCUAAUGUGUAGAUAUUCAGAAAUGACUCUGGAGGACAAGAAUUUGGAUUGUCAGAAGGAGGCUGCUCAUAUAAUUAAUGCCAUGCAAAACAGGAUCCACCUGCAGACUCUGAGGGCGCUGUCAGAAGUACAGAAAAUGACACCAAGAGAAAGGAUGCGGCUGAGGAAGCUCCAGGCGGCCGAUGAGGAAGCCAGGAAGCUGAAAAAGAUUGUGGAAGAAAAAUAUGAAGAAAAUAACAAACGAAUGCAAGAAUUGAGAUCUCGGAACUUUCAGCAGCUGAGUGUUAAUGUACUCCAUGAAUCUGAUGAACCGACUUCAGAGAACCUGCCUGAGUCUCAGCCUAUUCCUUCCCUGGACCUCAACAAACUCGAAUCCAUUGUAGAAGACAUCACAUCUGACCUCGGAUAUCAUGAGAUCCCAGAAGACCCACUUGUGGCUGAAGAGUAUUAUGCUGAUACGUUUGAUUCCUAUUAUGAAGAGAGUGAUGAGGAGGAAGAAGGAACAGUGUUAUUAGGACCAGAGAAAGAAAUCAAGAAGAAGGAACCCCAGCCUGCUUACAGAACAAACCAACAGGACAGUGACAUUGAAGCGUUGACCAGGUGUUUGGAAAAUGUCCUGGGUUGUCCUUCUCUAGACACAAAGACCAUCACCAGCAUGGCUGCAGACAUGUCCCCAGGACCAACAGUUUUCAACAGCACGAUGGCCAAGACCAGGAUGAAACGCAUGAGGGAGUCAGCCACGCAGAAGCUGGGGGCAGAAGUAUUUGAAGAGGUCUAUAAUUACCUCAAGAGAGCAAGGCAUCAGAAUGCUAGUGAAGCAGAGAUCCGGGAGUGUUUGGAAAAAGUGGUGCCUCGAGCCAGCGACUGCUUUGAAGUGGACCAGCUCCUCUACUUUGAAGAGCAGUUGCUGAUCACAAUGGGAAAAAAAACCUACUCUCCAGAACCAUCUCUAGGCAACUGUCAAAAAGAAGCAGAAGUUCAAGUGGACAAAUUUCUGUGAAAAUGCAUUUAACAUACAAGCUGAACUCUGUUAUGGGAAAUGGAUACAAAGGCAGAGCUCACAUCUUGACUUUUAAUUUCUCGUCAGAAGUCUUCUUUAGAGAGCAGUAAGCAUAGCUGCCUAUACUUGCAGUCCUAAGUGUUACUUGGACUAUACCCUGAGAUAAGCUUACACAUCAAGUUUGGCUCCCUGAAAAGCAUUUCUCUCAGGUGCACCCUUAGGGCUUCCAGCAUGAUUGAGUCACCCUGAUGAGGACUGGGAAGAAGCCAUGUGCUCUUUAUCAUUUUUAGUUGGAGGACACAGCUCAGUGCCUGACUGCCUAGGGUCUCAUGGACUGUGGGCAGCCUGCCAGUGAAGGUCACUGGACCCUAGCCUACAACAUGCUGAGCUGCAGCCCAGAAGCCAGACAUGCCUGUCUUAGCUGACUUGUUUUUCAUCCACUUUUGCCCUCCUGUGACUAACAAGCAAGAUAUCUAUUUCAUACACACAUAAGGACUUGGAUUAAAAAUCCAAAAAGUGAUUCUCUUCCAUGAUUUAUUUCAAACUCAUCCACAGAUAAUUGAAGAUUUGUAUUCAAAAUAAACGUAGUUUUCAUAGUUACAAAAUAAAUCACCUAUUUUAUCUUUUCCUUA